AACUAAAUUUAGUUGGUGUGAGUGAUUGAAGUUGCCUUUUAAUACUGCUAUUUAGUUUGAAUUUGAACGCGAGGUCUACUCAUCUUUACAGAUUUUUUUCUACUAUCUUAAAGACAUACAUUAAAGAAAUGACUCCUACCUCUUACACUUGUUCUGAAAAGACACCCGACGCAAUGGAAAAAACAGUCAAACUUAAAUUCGCUUUUAAGAUGACCAGCAUGAUUGUGAGAAAAUUCCAUACCUUGGCAAUUAAGGACGAUACUGAACCUCCUUUCAAGAAAGCAAAGUAUUCAGUCAUCGAAGAAAAUAACAUUGAUAUCGGUAAAACUAAACAUGAGUUUCAAUACUCUUUACCUUACCCAAUGGAAGUAUCUUUUCAUAGUGAAAAUAAAGUGGGCGAUUUGUCUUCUAAGAAACUUCGAUACAAACAUACUUCUUUACUUAAAGCGGAUAAGUGCAGAAACCUUGAUAGUUACUACACGAAGGUCAGUGGCAAACGCAGGAGUAAACAUCGAAAGAUUAUGAAACUUUGCCACAUGAGCCCUGCCAACCCUGCAAAUCAUCCACCCUGCAUCGAGAGAUCUCCAGUUACAUCUGCUGGUCAGUUGUCUGUUAUAUUUGACCGGUGCGUAAAUUUUGCUUUGGCUUUCAGAUCAAAAGCUGUUCAGGAUAUUGACAUAAUAGUCAGGAAGUUCAGUACUUAUGGCACUGUGUCAAGAAUACAAGACCACUGGACACUUCAGAAAGGUACCGUAUCACCGUGGGCCAGCUUCUGGACAGGUGCCUUAGUGACUUAUAAGCAUAUUGUGAAUUUCUCAAAAAUCUUCAAAGAUUCUUUUAUAGCCGGCGAUUCUACAGUGAUUCCUGUGUCGGUGCCCCUUCAUCUGUCGCGAAUUGGGAGAAUCGAGUCACAGCUCAACUCGGAAGACGUGCAAAAAGGGACUGAGAUCUUCGUUGAAGGACUUAGCGCGAAUACAUCUUGGCACAAAAUAAGAAAAGAGCUCAACAAAUAUGGCACAGUCUUGUACGUGCUGCAGAAUGAGGAACAGAACUCCGAUUGGAUAAAUUUGAGAGUCGGUUACAGAUACACAGUUGAAGCUUUCGCAGCAUCACUUGCUUUAGAUGGGAAGUUUUUCUGCAGAAGCAUUCUCCAUGCCAAAAUGAAGAUGAGUAGCAAAGAGUGGAAGAUACAUUAUAAACUCUGUGCGACUUAUGGUUAGAAUAUAUGAGUUAGUUUAAUAUAUUAAUUGCUGUGAAAUCGCUUGGGGAAACCACGUUUAAACUCCAUGCCGUAUGAAGAAAAUCAAAAUCUUGUACUUCAUUUUUUAAAGAGGCGAUUUAUAACUUAUUAAUUUUUAUAAAAUGUAUGUAUAUUUUAAUAAAGUCAUUUUUCUCUGUCACAGUUUUACCCUUAAAAUGCAUUAAAAUUGAAGCUAACGAAUCCAUAAGCAUGAACAAAAUAUAACUAACCUUGAGCAUUAACAAAAGAUAGUAAUACAAUAUUAAAAUGUUUUGGAUAGGUUACAUUUCAAGUUUAUUUAAUAAAUGUACAGGUAAUUAGUUAAUUUCCAGA